AUGAAAAAGCAACCCAAAAGGAAACAGUCCAGCUCACAAGCAGAUUUGUCCACCAACAGCAAGGAGAAGAAAGGCAAAGCUGCAGCUGCUACUGUUUGCAAAGGGGACUUGUCAGAUGAUGACCUGGAGUUGGUGGAGAAUGCUUUGGAGUUACCUAUUGGUGUUUCCAAGGCAGGAAAUAAAACCAAAAAGAAACCAGCAGCUGCAAAAGCUGUUGCCAAGAAGAAACCAGAGAAGAAGAAAAGCAAACAAAGUGAAGCUGGUGAGAAAGGAAAGAAGGAUUCAAAGAAGGGUAGCCCAACCAAGAAGGGCAACAAAGACAAGGGAGGUUACACAGAUGUACAGAUUUCACCUGGCCAAGAAAAGGAGCUCUUUCCAGAAGUUCCUUCUGAACAAACUGUUUUGGUGACACCCACUGAAAGGGCUUGCUCUCCAACUUGUGGUGGCACCACUGGUGGCUCACCAACCAGCCCCACUUCAGAAGCUCCAACAGCAGUGGGUGAACUGGCAGAGGGAACUUGGCAAAUGGCAAAAAGGGUCAGAGAAUUAGCUGCAGCUGAAACUGGGCAAGGUAGGCCAGCACCAGGUUGGAGACUGCUCCCUGCCAUGGACCUCAGCAGCUCCACUGAGGAAGAAAAAGCAGCCAGUUUGCAACACAUUGGCAGCUGCCAUGGAAAAGGACCUGGGAAAAGUAAACAAGACUGGUUUGAGAUGGAGCAAUACAUGUCCAUGAUGGAGGAAGAAGGAGGUUUCAUGCCCAGUGAAGGCUCCAGCUCCACUGAGAGGCCAGCAGCCCACAAAGCGGCUGCUACAGAAACAACAGUUUUGGCAAUUGCAGAUACAGAAGUGAUGGAGAACAAUGAGGAUGACAAACAAGAAGAGGACAAUGGUAUACAGGAGGAACAUGGGGAGGAAGAAAAUGAAACAAAAGCAGGAGAAGAGGAAGAGAAGGAGAAUGAGGAUGGAACAACAAAGCCAAAGACAGCCAAAACAAACAAACAGAAUAAGUUAUACACCAAGCCCAAGGCAAAGGCUAGUGGGAAAACACUCAAGAAAAAUAUGAAAAGGCCAGCAAGCAAAGGCCAAGAUGAUGAUGAUGAAAAGAAGAAAGAAACUUUGGCUGCCAAAUGUGAAAAGUGGCAGCACCUUGGACAGCAAGGAAAAAGAAGGUUUGCAGAGGAUGAGGAAGAGGAAGGAGAAGAUGAUGAUCAAGACAACACAGAAGAGAAGAGGCACAGAGGCAAAGCAAGGAAAUUUAAGAAGAUGGCAGAUUCAGGUGCCAUCCCAGACCAUAUCAUGCAGAUAUUUGAGAAAGAAGCUUCGAAGCACCCCAAACCAAGGAAGUUCAAGUCUGACCUUAUUAACAAAUUAUUCAAAGAAGAUGGCAAUGGUGGCUACACUAUGUGUGCAGAUGACCCUUGGUUCCAGCAACAGAAGGAAAUGCUUCAUAAGAAGUAUGGCAGAGAUGAGCACCAGGGAACACCAAGAGAUGUCUUUGCCUACCAGGUUUUCCAUGGUAAUUUUGACGCUUUGGAUGCAGCCAUUCAGAGAGGCUCAGUUCAACAGUGGGACCAAGAUGGGGUGGAAUUCUGUGGGUACAGAAAAACAAAAGCAGGAGUUGCAAAUGAAAAGCAGGAAGCUACCAAGUUUGGUGGAAAACAAGUGCAGCUCAAAGGCAGCCAGUACCAGGCACUCAACAAGGCAUUCAAAAGUAUGUCUUGGAAUUUCUCCGACCCUCAGCAGAACACAUUGCCACUUGGAAAUGGUGGUGCCAAUUCUUCUGGAUCAGGGAAGAGCAAGCCUAUUGAAAAUGCAGGUUUGACCAAAGAAAUGAUGGAGACAUUGGCAGAAGCAAAGAAUGCACAUGAGAAGCUGCAUUCUACAGCAAUGAAGUUGCUCCACAAGUGUUCCUGCCUGGAUGACAAGAAAGAAUUCAAGGCAACAGUCAUUGCUUUGAAAGAUUGGUCUUUGAAGAAUGACAGCAUUCUCACUUGGCAGGAGCUCCCAGAUGAACAAGCUCUGACACCUACAAAUUUUGGAGUCUUUAUGACUGAGCAGGCAGUAGCAACCAAGAAAUUGAACGAAGAAGUGGAAAAAUUCAAGGAGGUGCAAUACUUGGCCAUGAAAUGCAAACAUGAUUUUCAGAAUGCUGGUGCUGCUCCCCCACACGACAUUGUUUUCCUUUCUUCCAUGGGAACUUCAGGUGCUCAUAAGCAAAACAUGCACAAGGCUUUGCUGGGCUUUGCAAACAAAGGCUGUUUGCUGCCAAGGGUUUUCAUGCCAAGCAUCACUUUCAAGGCACCCUACAACAAGCUAUUGCAAUUCAUGCUCUUGCCACAUUUGGUUUUCAGCCAAAUCUACCAUUGCUACAAAAAUGCCUGGGAUACUAUUAUUGUUCCAAGCCAGCAAAGGCUCAAAGAGUUUUGGACAUUGCAGAAGCAGCACCCUGCAUUCGCAGGCCACCCAGUGUUGGCUUCCAACCCUCAAUUUGCAACCAAAAUGGUGCCAUUAGCUUUCCAUGGAGAUGGCACCCCAGUGAUUGGGAUUGGGAAAAUUUGGAGCAGGCAAUUAACCACUUUCUCUUGGAACAGCCUUCUUGGAAAGGGCAGCACCAAAUCCAUGCAGAUGCAAGUUUGGUCUUGCUUUGAUGAGACUAUGGUGCCUUCCACUCUUGCUGAAUUUUGGCACAUUCUCGCUUGGAGUUUUGAAUGGCUCCGAAAAGGUGUUUUCCCAGAUGUUGACCAUCUGGGGAACAAGUUUGAACCCAAUACAUUUGAUGGCCAGAAGGCUGGGGAAUAUCUUGCUGAUGGUUAUGCAGGACUGUUGUGGAGCCUCCAAGGUGACUUGGAGUACUUCACCUCAGUACUCAAACUGCCUCACUAUUCUUCCAAAAGUGGUCCUUGUUCAUUAUGUAAAUGCACUGGUGAUGCAUCACCAAUGACUUGGAAAGAUUGUCGGUUAACAGCACCAUGGGUCAAUUCUCAGUGGAAGCCACAUGAAUGGCACAUGUGGGAGAACAAAUCCCCUUGCCCUUUCUUCCAGCUUUUGCCAGGACUGUCAGCUGUGGCAGUCUCCUAUGAUUUCAUGCAUUCAAAAUAUUUGGGAACAGACAUGGUGUUCCUAGCUUCUUGCUUGUGGCUUCUUUGUUACAGAGUUCUGCCUGGUGAUGAUCCACUUGCCAAUUUGCAAACAUGCUGGGCCAAAAUUUCAGCUGUGUACAAAGAGAACAAGAUUGCUGACAGGUAUCGGGGCAUGUCAAAAUUAUCUCUUUUUGAAAGAAAAAAAGGUGGCCCCAAGCUGAAGGGCAGAGCAGCCCAGGUGGCUUCCUUAGCAAUACCUAUGUUUCAUCUUUGGGCUGACAACAUGGAUGAUGGCAACAUUCUCCAUAAGAAGAUCAAAACAUGGCUCAAAAUGAACAUGCUCACAGAACAGAUUUUGAAAGAAAAUGCAGAAGGCUUAGCUUUGGAAUCUGAAUGCUGCUCCAAAUUCAAGACAAUGAGCUUUGCAAUGGCACAAUUGCACAGGGACUUGGCACAAAGCUAUAUGGAUGAGGAAGUUACACUCUUUUCAGACAUUCCAAAGAUACACACUUGGCUGCACAGUGUCCUCAGCAGUCAUGUGUUGAGUCCAAGACUUACUUGGUGCUUUCGACAAGAAGAUUACAUGUCUGUGCAAAGGACAUUGGCAAAAAGUUGUUGCAAAGGGCUAAAAGGCCCUCAAGUCACAGCAAAGAUCAUCAGCAAGGUCCGAAUUGCCAUGCACAUCCACUUGAGCAGCUUCUGA